AUGGCGGCGAUGAAUGCAGCGUUUGACGCAGCCAUGACCACUGCAGCGCAGAUCGCUCGGUUCUACUGCGUGACGGUCUCUCCAGACGAGCGAGCAUGCGCUCGAUGGCCGAAGUUGCGUGGUGCAGCAAUCGCUGAAGGUGUUCAAGCGACCUCACGUGUCGUUGAGCACGUACAGAUGCAGCUCCCGACGCUGCGCUUCCAUUCGAUGACGGUGGAUUUCAUAAAGGACACGGCGGGCAUAUGGUGGCUCACGCGUGUUGUGGACUUCAACGCGUCAAGUUCCGUUGAGCCGCCUAGAGACGACGGAGGCUUUGGUAGUCGAGAUUCCGCAGUAUUGAUCCCCGAAGCUUUACGGUCGAAGCACAGUCGACUCAACAACGACCCGCAGGUGGAUGACUGCGACUCUCCUCGACGUGCGUCUGGUUUACUGCGUGGCGACGAGCUGGAUAACGCCCUGAAUUCACGCGCUUGCUUCCUGUGUGGCUGCUCAUGCGAGCUCGCCCCGACGUUCCGAGGGCAGUUGGAUGCUAUGCUCAAAGACCAAACUGGAGACGACUACAAGGAGAACAGCACUACAUGUAUCUCGAUAGAACCACCGGUGGGAGACGAGUUCCGAAUGACGCUCACGAUGGCGCUCGAUACGAUAUUUUUCAUGCGGCAGCGCGGAGUCGCUCUCCCAGUGUGGGAAAACGCUGUCAGCACCGUGAAGAAGUCUCAACUGCGCGAUGUGUGUGACUUCCCAGUGUGUAUGCUGUGCUACCGGGUCUACCAGCAGCAAAACCGACUGCAAGUGAUCGCGCGUGAGCUUCACAGUGUCACUAGGGUUUGCAUGGCUAACUCCGCUGCGUCGGGUUUAUCUGCGUCUCAGCUCCUGUCAACCGAGUUGCGGGUCCGCCACGAGACUCCGAAGAGCGUACUCGACCGUCUUGAAGCCUUUCGGACGGAGACCAUACCACCUGCGUUGCUGCUCCGUGGGGAUUCACCCGAGAUGCGACCGACGUGGAGCAUCCUGACGCCCAUGCGUGGAGCUGAAGUGGAUCCUACCGCCUCCCAAUUGCGUCUUGUGUUCUUCUUCCACGAGUUGCAGGACGCAGGACCUGACUUGAUCCCCACCGAUUUCUUCCUGGAGUACCAACUGGGCCAGAAUGUCUCGCAGGUGCAGCUUGAAGGAAGCAAGCACCACACUCCGAAUCGGUGGCAACUCUGUGAAGCAAGAGUUCAUUAUUUGUGCGCGACGUUGGACGCGUUCAGUGAGUUUUGCUCGCACAAACGUCUGCUUAUCAAGAUGAAGGCGAAGCCUACCAUCACCGCUGCUACUAUCAAUCGCCAUCGGAACAUGGAAGAGUUCGUCGGGUACACGCUGCUGUCACUUCGGUCAGUGGCCACAGCUGCGAAAUGGUUCGGCAACUCGCUGCAACCUGAAAGCCGCACGGACUACUUGCUGGAGCUGCAUACCGCUUCGUACGGCUUACUUACGCUGAAGUUGACGGUCGGACUGCUGGUUGAUCCCGUUCCACUAGCCAACGUGCGGGAUGUAUUGCGUGACCGAAUUUUCCUAGAGGAACAGCCACCGCGUGGAGUGUACUGGCCCCCUCCAUCACAUUAUCUUGGAGGGUUGGCCGUGCCGCGCGAUUGGGUCGGAGCUCUCAUGCCGUCGGAAUACACCAAGAUACUGCCCAUGCGUCGUAGAGAGGCCCCCGUUUCGCACUCUUCAUCGCGAACUCUGCACUUGGUGAGUGUGGCGAUGGUUGGUACGACCUUGUCACGAGUUUGUUUAGCAGCGAAAAGGAUCGUCUUUCGAGUGACCGAGGAUACUGCGGCCACCAGAUUCCCAACUAUACUACUAGCGGCUAUCCUACGCCAUGCAAGCUUCGCGAAUCCCGUGUCCACGUCGUGUUUCCCGUCGAUCUCCUUGUCAAACUGGAAGUCGCCAGCCAGAUUUCACUUUACGCGGAGAUAUUCCGUCGAUCGUUUGCUAGCUGAGGUCAAGCCCGGAAGUUUGCCGAUGCUGGCUUUACUUGGUGAACUCUUGCUGGUUCUGAUCGAGGACCGAGCACUACCUACUACUUUAGAUGCGAAUGCUUUGGAGCCUGUUCUAGAGCCAUUUUGGCAGCAGGACAGCGGCUGGCGCCCCAUUCCACGCACUCGAAGCAAUUGUCUACCUGAGCAUCGAGUGAUCUGGAACCGAGCCAUUCGACGUUGGGAAGCCGCCACCGCUGAUAUAACCGCAAUCGAGGAAGUUCCUGAGCUUGGGACACCACCAGACAAGCCCGACGUAAGUGAUAAACUAGCGAUGAAAGCACACUCGGUCGUCCUCGCAGCAGAUAUCGGGGAUUUCCGUGCGAAAAACUUGGCGCUUGUACUGUGUGAGCUGUUCGAGCAGAUGGAGACGCUGGACAACGGAUACAUUGAAAUCGCAGAACUACGUUCCCUCGCUAAGUGUCUCCCUGAAGAAGAGUACUUGGGCGUUGAAGAUCAGUUGGAGCUCGACGUGGGUGGUAGCGAGCGACUGUCACUGCAGGAUGUUGAAACGAUAGCUGAGCUGGUGGAGAGACAACGACGUCUAGCACUACGAACGCUGCUUCACUCGCUCAUGGAGAGUGCAGUUAUGGUGGAUGCGCUGGCACAAUUUGAUCGGGUGGGCUCAGGCGAGAUGAGUCUUGAAGGUGUGUACUGUUCAAAUCCGUUAGUAGAUGGGGCCACAAUUCAUGGUUUUACUUGUGUUGUGUCGUCUAGAGUUCCGAGAGCUUGCGUCCGAAGCUUUGAUGACCCAGCGCAAGGUAUUUCGUGCAUUUAUCCAAGAGCCGAAAAAGUCGCUGGACGGGUUUUGCCUACGCCACGGAUUCAUGGAGGUCUUCGCUACCGAUAG